AGUAUAUAAUGAUUUAUUAACCUUUUGCUUGGAAAGCUGCUUCUCUAGAGAAGCACGUGACGAACACGCUGAACCUAAAGCCUUGAUAAAAAGCUUCUUCUGCCUGUGGUGCGAAUGAAUGGCACAUCCCAAAUCUUCCCCCUCCGCCAAGUAAUAAUACACGGAAACCGUUUUCCGAAUCAUGUGGUCAAAAUAUAGAGCAGGCAGGAUCUCCAAACAGAGAAGCCAUCAAUUUUUCCUAGUUCCUCCAACAAUGCAACGCUUGAUGGCGCGUACGUUGCAUCGCCUUACCUAUAUACUAGCCCGGUACUUUCAUAUACCACCCGUUUUGUUCCUAUCACCUCUGAGCAUUCACACAUGGAACACAAUUAUAUCCACUUUUAGCUCUAUCUCCGUUGAUGGUGACACAGGGAACCACCAGUUUAUUCAAUCGACCAAUCCUUCCUGAUCUAAAGGUCAUCAUAUUCACAUCUCUUGCCCUAUGACUAAUUCAAUGUAGCACUAAUCAGUUUUGCACUUGCUAUGCUAAGUUCACCCAACCCACGUGAAUAACACGAACUUGUACCCGUACUGUUGUGCAUGAAAAAAUACAAAUACGCAGCAGUGACCUUCGAACAAUCUCCUGCAACGACAGGACAUACAUACGACCGUAUGCAUUUACAGUGGUCCAGAUUAUGAGGAUUGAUCUGCAUGAUCUAUCAUGGAUACCAAUAUUUCGAGCUUGAACGACCCGCCAAGAAUUUUGCCCGGGUCACAACUUCUACAUGAUUUGAUCCGAUGGGAUGAACACAAAAAUUCCUGUGCGGUCGACUUCACUAGUUAUGGCAAACGAGAAAAAUAUCGUUAUCAAGAUAUACAAGCUUGUGUGGCGUCUCUCGUUACACAAAUACAAUCAACGCUCAGAAGUCAUCAGGUAUCCGAACAGCAGCACAUCAUCCCAAUAUUGCUGCCACAGUCUCCUGGGUUAUAUAUCUCCCAGCUCGCCGUCUUGCAGUCUGGAGGGGCGUUCUGUCCCAUCAACCUUGAUGCACCGAAAGACAGAAUAAAAUUUGUCGUAGGUGACGUUUCCGCGAGUAUCAUAAUCACGACAUCAGAGUUUCAAGAGUCUGUUUCCUGGGAAGAUGGCCCCAGAAUCAUAUUCGUUGACGAAUUUCCUGCGAUUCCAGCGGAAUUGAAAGAAAUCAGUGGAUCACGUGAAUCUAGCAGCAACGAUCUUGCAUAUGUUAUUUACACCUCUGGUUCGAGCGGAACCCCUAAAGGUGUUGCAGUUAGUCAUUUAGCUGCUUCACAGUCUCUCUUGGCACAUGAAAAACUUAUUCCAAAAUUUGAACGAUUCCUCCAGUUCGCAGCACCGUCUUUCGAUGUUUCUGUAUUCGAGAUUUUCUUCCCAUUGGCUAGAGGCCAAACACUGGUCGGAUGUGAUCGUGGUCAGCUACUCAACGAUUUACCAGGCAUGAUCAAUGGACUAAAAAUAGACGCUGCUGAACUCACUCCAACCGUCGUUGGAGCUUUAUUGCAGAAGAGAUCACAUGUUCCUAAGCUUAAGUUGCUGAUGACGAUCGGUGAAAUGCUAACGAGACCAAUUGUGGAAGAAUUUGGCGGAUCUGACCAAAAGGAAAGCCUUCUCUAUGGAAUGUAUGGGCCGACCGAAGCAGCCAUUCAUUGCACCAUUUAUCCAAAAAUGGAAGCAAGUGCUAAGCCUGGCAACAUUGGCGUGCCGUUUGAAACGGUGUCUGCGUUCAUAGCGGAGGCGGCUUCUGGGUCUGGGGAGGUACAGGAUAUUAAAUUUCUUCCACAAGGCGAGCUUGGGGAGCUAAUUUUAGGUGGUCCGCAGUUAGCGAACGGCUAUCUCAAUAGGGAAGAGCAGAACAAAGCUGCAUUUGUGACCGUGACAGGAAAAAGCUAUUAUCGAACUGGAGACAAAGCUCGCAUUCUUAAAGAUGGAAGCAUAGAGAUUCAUGGCCGCAUGAGUAGCGGACAAGUUAAGUUGAGAGGUCAGCGAGUUGAACUUGGUGAAAUAGAAGAUGCUAUCUACAAACAUCCGAACAUUAGGACUGUGGUAGCAGUCGUGCUAAGUGGGGUGCUCUUAGCUUUCGUACUCACAAGUGACGAUACAAUGCAUUCAGAUCAAGUACUGGGCACUUGUUCAAAGUGGCUUCCGAGCUUCAUGCUGCCUAGCGAAAUUAUUCUUUUGCUAGAACUCCCGUAUCUACCGUCUGGAAAGGUAGACAAGAAAAAACUAGAAGCAAACUAUCACCAACAGUACGACGUAGUAGAUAAGCAAAAUAACUUCACACACGCUGAAGUAAUUGUGGGAGAAGUUCUCCGCGAGAUUCUUGGACCAUUUCCCUCGAACAUACGUUUGGCAGCAGCCGGCCUUGACUCGCUUGUCUCUAUCAAAGUAUCUAGAGAACUUCGAUCACGAGGGUUUAAUGUUACCACUCUAGCAGUGUUACAAGCGGAAACCUUAAGCGCUCUCCUAAAGAUUUGCGAAAACUGCAAAGAAACUCCAAGUUCGACUAUAGUUAACGCGGCAUCUACCAACUCAGAGGCAUAUGCCAUGCUAAAUGGCGACGCAAAAAAUAUCGAAGCCUCUUACCCAUGUACUCCACUACAAAAUGCAAUGCUUGCUGAGACUGCCCUCGUCCAUAGAGCUUACCGAAAUUGGGUCGAGUUGGAUUUGCCAAAACUCAGUAAUAUUGACAAUCUCCGUGCAAAGCUACAUGAUCUUGCCGAUCGCAAUCCAAUGCUCAGGACUGGUUUUGCAGAAUCUUACGAUAAUAGUGGAUACAUGCAGUUUGUCUGGAAGACAUUUCCGGAUUCACAUAUUGAGACUGUGGACGCCUUUUCUGAUGAUUCGGAGAUUUCUAGGACUGCAUCACUUCAUCGUCCCAUAUUUUUCGAGAUUCUCUCCACUAAAUCUUACCUGAAACUCAUGAUUCAUAUCCAUCACGCACUUUAUGACGCUUGGUCCUUAGAUCUUCUCCUUGAUGAUUUAGACUGUCUGUUGCGAGAUGAGACUCCAAUUUCACGUCCGCCAUUCGCAGAUGUUGUGAGGGGGUAUAUUAACGGCAGCAUUUCUUCUGACUCUCAAGCCUCUAAAGAUUAUUGGAGGGAUCACAUGGCACAUCUCGAACUUAGGCAUAUGCCAAACUUUCAUACAAGAAAAGUUACCUCAGCUGGAUUGGCUGUAGCGCAUUACUCCACUCAGCUCUCGACAUCGAAUAUUGAAUUGGCAGCGAAACGAAUGGCUUCGAGCCCACAAGCUAUAUUCCAAGCUGCGUACGCUCUAAUUUUAGCCUCUUAUUUGGGAUCAACAGACAUCUGCUUUGGCACUGUUUUUUCUGGUAGAACCAUCCCUGUUGCGGGAAUAGAAGAUAUUAUUGGACCAUGUCUUACAACCUUACCGAUACGCAUAGAUACAUCGAUAGCGAGUACUCUCCAAGAACUGGUAGAGGUAUUGAACAGUACGAACAGGAAACACCUUGAACAUAGCACUUUUCCACUUCGCGAAAUCAAAUCGGUCAAUGGUUUGGAGCCUCGCCAGCAAUUAUUCGACACACUCCUGAUAUGGCAACAGACUCUUCAUAGUUAUGACCACAGCAGAAAAUGUGUCACAAUUGUUGAUCAGGUCGAUCAACUUGAGUUUAAUUUGACUCUCGAGAUAACUCCUACCUCUAAAACCCUCCAAUUCAAGGCAAACUAUCAACAGUCUGUAUUUCCAGAAUUUCAAAUAGCAAUGCUUCUGCGGCAACUCGAAGAAAUGGCAAAAGCAAUCAUUGAACACCCAGGGAAUCAAUCUAAUCUUGCCUUCGAUGGAAAUAGCCCUGAAAUUCUCUCCAUUGAGAAUCCCGUACCUAUCGUGACCCUUGGACCCGAGACAUUGAUAUCCCCAGUGGAAAAAGUCUCAAAAGAGGAUCCCGAUCGUCUAGCAAUCGCUUUUGCUAGUAAAAUCGAUGGCGACGAUUUUGAGAUCCAGUACAUGAGCUAUGGUGAUCUGAAUACUCGUGCAAAUCAGCUGGGGCACUACCUUUUUCAUCGUGGUGUUCUCCCAAAUGAUAUUGUUUGCAUAUGUCUCGAGAAAAGUCAUGAUUUUUAUGCUUCAAUCUUGGCCACUGUAAAACUUGGUGCGGGCUAUCUCCCAGUAACUCCAGAUAUCCCAUAUAGCCGGUUACAUCACAUUACAAGCGAAGCCAAAGUUAAAGUAUUAAUUGGACAUUCCUCAUCACGACCAUUAUUAGGACAGUCUGCAGGCCAAGAAAUUGUUUACAUCGAUGAGAUUGAUCUGACUCAACAAUCUACAGAGAACCUAAUUACCGCAUUCAAGCCAGAGAAUAUUUCGUAUUGCGUAUUUACUUCAGGCAGCACUGGGGCUCCAAAGGGAGUACUUGUCACUCAAGGUAAUCUUCUGAGCAAUCUUGAUGUAUUACAGGAAAUUUACCCGGCAACCAAAGACUCUAGACUUCUGCAAUCAUGUUCCCAGGCUUUUGAUGUAUCUGUCUUCGAGAUCUUCUUUACAUGGAGAAUUGGUGGAUGUCUCUGUUCUGCUGUGAAAGAUACCUUGUUUCAAGAUAUAGAACUUGCCAUUCGAGUUCUGGGUGUAACUCACCUCAGCUUAACACCUACUGUUGCUGCUCUCAUUAACCCUCAAAAAGUCCCAAAGGUGGAGUUUUUGGUCACUGCUGGAGAGGCUGUGACGCAAAAGGUUUUUAACAAAUGGGCUAGUCAUGGACUUCACCAGGGAUAUGGACCGAGUGAGACAACUAACAUCUGCACUGUCAAGCCGCAAGUCAGUCUGGAAGAUCGUAUUGAUAAUAUUGGUCUGCCAUUUAGAAACACUUCAGCUUUUGUACUUGCCCGAAACACAGAAUUCUCCUUGGUCCCAAGAGGUGGUGAGGGAGAAUUUUGCUUUGGUGGAUCUCAGGUCUUUAGAGGAUAUAUGGAUCGCGCUCAGGAAGAGGGGAAGAUUAUCGACCAUCCCAAAUAUGGGCGGCUAUACAAAAGCGGUGACUUUGGACGGCUGAUGCAUGACGGGUCUCUUGUUUUCACGGGCAGAAAAGAUGAUCAAGUCAAGAUCAGAGGCCAGAGAGUUGAACUUGGCGAGAUUAAUAAUGUUUUGAUCUCAUCAGGAGUCGACGACUGUGCGACCAUGGUUAUUGACGGGAAAGGUAAUUCGCAGCGCUUAGUUUGCUUUUUUACGCCCAAGUUAAAUACUUACGAAGAUCUACUUCCUCUCCCGGCCGAUCCAGUCAUGAUUGACAAUCUCUAUCAGAUACUUGAGUCAAAGCUCCCCAGCUACAUGAUACCUUCAAAUUUGAUUCCGCUUUCGGUUCUUCCAUCAACAUCCCAAGGCAAGAUUGACAGGCGCCGGUUGAUUAGCUUAUAUGAUAGCUUUGAGCUUAGGUAUCUUGAAACAACUACUAGAGCGUCAAAAUCUCCGACAGGUCAUCCGUGGACCGAAUUAGAGCUUGAGAUACGAUCUGUAUUAAGCGAGAUAUCGAAGUCUUCGAUAGAAGAUAUUGGACCACACACAUCCUUCUUUAGUUUUGGCAUAGACUCGAUUUCGGCAAUUGCAUUUUCUCGAAAGCUACGUCAAGUGAUCCCGAAGCAAGUAGAUAUUUCAGACAUUUUGAUGUACACGUCUGUAGUCAGGCUUUCAGAGCACUUAUCAAGAUCUCGAAAGCUUGUCAAAGAUGACUUGUCGUUGGCUGAUACAAAUUUUGGAUUCACUGAAGGGUUUAUAAAGUCUACCAUUUCCCAAUUUGAAAAGACGGGCAGAGUUGUGACAAAGAUUACACCCUGUACGCCUUUACAGGAAGCUAUGUUGUCUGCUGCUGACGCUUCGUCUGGCGCUUCAUAUAGCAAUCAUGUGAUGCUCAAUAUCUUUGGUAACCUUGAUAGACUCCGUGGUUGUUGGCAAGAAAUGGUUCAAAGACAUGAAAUCCUGCGAACUUGUUUUGUUAGCACAGAUAUGCAAGAUUUUCCAUACGUCCAAGUCGUAUUAGCAGACUUUAAACUCGAAUUUGGCUCUCUUGAUUCUAGCACGUUGGAGGCCGCCAUCGUUGAAAUGGAGACGCAGUCGACAAGUAACGAAGAUUCUCCACCAUACCAACUCAAUGUUCUCCACUCAAAUGGCCAACCACGCUUUUUGGUCUCAAUGCACCAUGCUCUUUACGACGGCGUCGCCCUAGAAGUUCUUUACCAUGAAAUUGAAGAGUUAUAUGAUGAAUUACCCUUGCAGCCCCAAGUGUCUUUCACUCCACUUCUACAUCACAUGAGGUCGAUGGAUAUCAAUUCUUCCGACGAUUUUUGGAAAUCUACCUUAGAAGGAUAUCAUCCACUUCAUCUCGAAGAUGUCUUGGAUUUGCCGGGACAACCCCAAAAGCACAGCACCCGCAUUCAGCAACUAAAAGCAAAAAUACCUCUCAGUCAAAUCGAAAACAGCAUCAAGAAACACAGCACUACGUUUCUAGCAGUCUCUCAUGCGAUUUGGGCUAGUAAUAUGUCUGAACUAUUCAAAGCCACUGAUAUUUGCUUCGGCAAUGUUGUUAGCGGUCGCACAGCUCCAGUCAGUGGAAUAGAGAGACUUGUUGCGCCUUGUUUCAAUACUAUCCCAGUACGAUUAAAAGACCUCCAUAAGUUGACAUAUCUCGAGGCAUUUAGAAAGUUCCAAGAUGCAAACACCAACUCCUUACCAUUUCAAUUCACUCCUUUACGGCGACUUCAGUCUAGAUUUAGCCCUGAUGGCACCCGUCUGUUUGAUACCCUUUUCAUUUUACAACAACCGUCGAAAAAGCUCGACCCUUCUCUAUGGUCCAUUAUAGAAGAUAAUGGCGCCAUGGAUUUCCAACUUGUUUGCGAGAUUAUACCCAAACCCAGCGAUGAUACCCUAGAAAUUGUUCUUCAUUCAUCCACUUCAAUAUUUACUGAUAAUGAUGCAUAUAAUAUAAUUCGAAGGUUCGAAAAUCUUAUCAGAGUUGUCUUGGAGAAUCCGAGGCGGCAAAUUAUCUCGUCCUCUGCAAGGGCACAGAUUCUCGUAGUUAGCGAGGAAAGGAAUAAGAAAAAAGAAGACACUUCAGAGUCAUACUCUGAUGACAAAGUAACAAGUCAACUAGAAUUAGAGAUUCGAAAUGCCAUCGCAGGGUUUACUGACGUCCCCAUAGAAAGGAUAGGCCGAGAGACAAGCAUAUUCAGAUUGGGCCUCGACAGCAUCAGCACUGUUCAGGUUGCGUCUCGCCUGAGAAGCCAAGGAUAUCACCUCCUUGCCAGUGAUAUUCUACAAAAUCCUACGAUCGCUCAAAUUGCUUCACAUCUUCAGCAAAUUGGCACCUCCAUGAGCGAGGAGAAUAGCCAAUUUGACUUUGCGGCUUUUGAUCAACAGUUUCGGGACAUAAUUUGUUCGAAGAUUGGAAUCUCUCAAGAUAAUUUGGAAGCAAUAAGACCUUGUACCGCUGUACAACAAGGUAUGCUUGCUCAAAGUUUGCAUUCUGAAGGUCAUGAAUAUAUCAACAGCGUGUCUCUGGAGUUCUUGCCGGGUCAGUCGAUGACAAGAGUUAAAGAUGCCUGGACUUCAGUUUGUAAAGCUCAUGAGAUGCUUCGGACAGCAUUUAUCCAGACAGGAGAUUCUGAUAACCCGUUCGCAAUGGUUACAUUCACAAAUGAAUCAUUUGUUCUCCCAUGGUUUGAAAGCCGGAAACAUGUCCUGUCAGAUGAAAUCGACCGCCUUAAGAACGCAUGGUACAUAAGCAUAGAGCAGAAAGGGGAUAAAAUUCUGCUCAUACUCACUGCACAUCACGCUCUGUACGAUGCUCAAUCUAUGCAAAUAAUUUUCUCGGACUUUACGAAGUUCUAUCAUAAUCAAGCAGUUGUUAGCCGCCCUGGUAUCGCCACGCUCUUAAGCUCAGUUUUGCAAUCAUCUCAAGCGGACCAAGAUGAGAAAAAGGCAUUUUGGCAACAGCCAGAAAAUCGGAUUGUGGUUAAUAAGUUCCCUGAUCUAACUCCUCUGCGCGUCAUGAGACCUAGUAAUGCAGUUUGUGAAGUCAAAUCUCUAGCUUCAUUACAGGAACUCGAGGAGAAAUGUCGAAAAAUUGGAGUUACAAUGCAAGCAGCUGGACAAGCAACAUGGGCGAGGUUGUUGAUGGCUUACACCGGAGAAAAUGUUACGACCUUUGGAAUGACACUCUCAGGUCGAUCUGUUUGUGAUGAUGCCAAUAUGGUGGCCUUUCCGACCAUCGUUACACUUCCGGUUAACUGUAAUAUAAUGGGCACCAAUAGCGAGUUGUUGACUAGGACUAUGUCAUCUAAUGCACAACUUCACAAGCAUCAAUUCACGCCGCUCACGUCAAUCCAGAAAUGGUCUGGUUAUCCUGAGGGACGGAUAUUUGAUACCUUAUUCGCAUACCAAAAACUGCCUGAGGAUGAAGACGUUUUGAUUCCGCCAUGGAAAGUAGUCAAAGAGGAAGCCACCGUGGAUUAUGUCAUAUCUCUGGAGGUUCAACCUAUAUCAUCUGGUGAAAUCACAAUUCGACUAUCUUUUAGAGAAGAUAUUGUGCCCGCAGCACAUGCAGAGCUUAUGAUAAAACAGUUUGAUGCGUUACUGCUAGAUACGCUUGACAAUCCAGAUCAUCUAUGCAACGUAGCGCCCGAAAUUGGAAUGAGCCUACUAUCCAUUACGCCUGCCCAGGAUCCAGUCCUUCCCGACUCCGUAACGCUUCUACACCAGUACGUUGAAAGAGGCUCCAGAAAAUGGCCAAAUAGAGUUGCUUUGGAGUUUGCUACUUGUCUUGAGCCGGCCAAUUAUCAAAGUCGAAAAUGGACAUAUCAACAGCUGGACGAGGAAGCUAACAGAGUCGCUCAUAUGCUUCAUCUGCGUGGGGUGACCCCGGGCGAGAUAAUUGCGAUUUGUUUUGACAAGUGUGCCGAGGCUUCUUUUGCAAUUAUUGGUAUCAUGAAGGCUGGCUGUGGUUAUGUUGCACUAGACCCUAAUGCUCCUGCUGAUCGUUUAAAGUUCAUCGUGGAGGACUCUGCUGCGAAGUUGACCAUUACUGCAGGAAAUCCGGCGCAAAUCCUAAAAUCUUUGGUAGACGGAAAAAUAAUCGAUCUUACCGAUUCUUCAGUACUUCACGAAUUUAAAUCCGAGGUGCCACGACUUUCGAGAGAAAUUACUCCCGAGGACAUCUCAUAUUGUUUGUAUACAUCCGGAACGACUGGCACACCAAAAGGAUGUCUGCUCACCCACGAAAAUGCUAUUCAAGCAAUGCUCGCAUUUCAAAGGUUAUUUGCUGGUCAUUGGACCACAGAAUCGAAGUGGCUACAGUUUGCCUCCUUCCACUUCGAUGUUAGUGUUUUAGAACAAUUCUGGAGUUGGAGUGUCGGGAUUUGCGUAGCUUCAGCUCCUCGGGACCUGAUAUUUGAGGACAUUCCGGGUGCAAUUCGACAACUAGGUAUCACGCAUAUUGAUUUGACACCAAGUCUUGCACGCCUACUGCACCCCAAUGAUGUCCCAUCAUUGUGGAAAGGCGUUUUUAUUACGGGUGGGGAACAACUAAAGCAAGAAAUCCUGGAUGUAUGGGGUGAACAUGCUUGCAUUUACAACGGAUACGGGCCGACUGAAGCUACUAUUGGAGUGACAAUGUAUCCUCGAGUGCCAAAUAAUGGCAAACCUUCCAAUAUUGGUCCUCAAUUCGACAAUGUAGGAUCAUUUGUACUGAAACCAGGUACAGAACUGCCGGUCUUAAGAGGUGGUAUUGGUGAACUUUGUGUUUCUGGAAAACUUGUCGGAAAGGGAUACCUCAAUCGACCAGAACUUACAACGGAAAGGUUUCCAACACUUACCUAUUUCAAUGAACGUGUAUAUCGCACUGGAGAUCUUGUUCGCAUCCUGCACGAUGGCACCUUUAUUUUCCUCGGCCGUGCUGAUGACCAAGUCAAACUUCGUGGACAACGCCUGGAACUUGGUGAAAUUAAUGAGGUAAUUAAGACGAGUAGAAAAGAUCUCGAAGAAGUAGUCACGUUAGUCUUGAAACACAAAACCCAAGCUAAAGAGCAACUGGUCACGUUUUUCGUCAUUUCGGGAAAGAACGAGUCGGAAAACAGUGGAGUGGUCCCCUCCAUUAGAGAUGCUUGCAAAUCGCGCCUUCCAGGAUACAUGGUCCCUACACAUUUUAUUCCCAUCAAAGCACUUCCACUUAACGCAAACAAUAAAGCUGAUUCGAAACAACUAGCAGCGCAAUUCAACGACCUGAGUAUGGAAGAUCUUCAGAAUAUGAGCCUCUCAGUGCAGAAUCAUGUAGAAUGGACAAGUAGAGAAGAGAAAGUCCUCGGCUUUAUCGUCAAGGCGUUUCCCAUCGAGGUUCCCGAUUUGACUCGGAGCUCGAAUAUUUUCCAACUUGGUCUUGACUCCAUCACAAUGAUCAAUUUUUCCCAUACCUUGCAAAAAUUGGGAUUAAUCCAUGCUACUAAUGCCACUGUUAGGAGCAAUCCCACGAUAGGAAAAUUGGUUGAAGCACUCCUCGUUGCACAACCGAAUGAAGGCAAGGAAAGCCCAUAUCUAAUUGCAGCCCACUUGAAUAUUGUCGGGUUUUCACAACAGCAUACAACGUCCAUUUGCAAGGAGCUAGGGGUGGGAUUGGAACAGAUUGAGAGUAUUGCACCUUGCACUUCUGUGCAAGAAGGAAUGAUCUACAGAUUUCUUGAGAGUGAUGGAAGGCUAUAUUUCAACAACCUCCAAUACCGGCUAAAAUCUGAAGUUCUUCCGGAAGAGCUCAAUGCGGCUUGGGAUCGUGUCGUUUUUAAUCUCCAAAUCUUACGGACCAAAUUUUUAUUGACAGACGAUGGGUUUGCCCAAGUGGUUCUCAAGCCUAGAGAAUCAUCACCCAAAAGAGCAUCAGAAGUCUCAACGGGAAAAGAAGAUAUUCUCAAGAACCCAUGGUCUUUUGAAGUCGUUGGUUCUGAAACAGAAAAGAAAAUGAUCUUGAACAUUUUCCAUGGCCUUUAUGAUGGUAGCAGUCUAGGUAUGAUGUUGAAUCGCCUUUGCGACGAAUUCUUCAACGUAGAGGACAUUCAAUACGGGCCAGAUUUUCAUUCGUCCUUGGCGUAUGGGCCAUUGUCAAUAAUUCCUGGAGCCGAAGCCUUUUGGAGAUUCCAUUUGAAAAACUGGUCUGAUUCUUCAUUACCUCAUAGACUGAAAGAUAGAGGAAAUAAUGUGUUCGAAAAUACCCUUGACCUAAAGGACUUCGAGAAAAGACGAAAAGCUUUAUCUGUCGCCCCGCAAGCCAUAAUUCAAGCAGCAUGGAUCGCAGCUAUUCAAAUGAUCAUUUCUGCAAACCUAACAACGAUUGGUAUUGUCACGUCCGGUAGAGGAAUAGAUUUCGAAGGAGUUGAGGAAGUUGUUGGACCUCUUUUCAACACUGUGCCCUUCCAUCUUCCCAUUGAAUUUGGCACCCUAAUGUCCACUCUGAUAAGUGAUUGCCAUUCUAUUAAUAUGAAAAUCCAAGAAUUUCAGCACACACCUUUGAAGGAUAUCACGAAAUGGAUCACACGGGGAGCUAGCAAUCCACUCUUUGAGACCCUCUUUGUAUUUCAACGUCCGGAUGUUAACGAGAAACGAUUUUCGAAUCGUUUAGGAAGGAAUACCACAGUGAUUGACAAUGGUGACACAGAUGUAAGUGGAGAGCACUUCCAUUGAUAGAAAGUCGACCUAACUAUUCAAUAGUAUCCGCUAGCACUCGAAGCUACUUUGAACCACGAUAGUACCAAGCUUGAGCUGAAGAUAGUUGCCAAGAGCUCGGCUGUGACAGAAGUCAUGGGAAUGCUUGUGCUCCAGAACAUGCAUGAUAUGAUUCGCAAUAUCCUUAGCGGCAAAGACGAAGAGAUACAAAUUAUUAGGGCUAAACAAAAUGAUCAUACAAAUUCGAGCGGCAAGCUGAAUCCGGAGCUACCUCGCUCUCACCCAUCAGACCAACCACUUCCAUGCGGAAUAGUUCUAACAAAACAGCAAAUCAACGUGGUUUGUGGCGAAGUUGCGGUUUUGGCCAAGGUUGAUAAGAUACGUAACGAUGAGCCUAGAUCAAUUUUCCAACUUGGACUCGACAGCAUCGAUGUAAUCAAAUUAUCCUCACGACUGCGAAAGAACGGAAUUGAACUAUCUGUCAGCAAGAUCAUCAAAUGUCAGACUAUCCCUAAAAUUGUAGAGAACGCGAGACUUUUGAAAGCCGGAACACACAGCUCUCCUUCUAUCGAAAAACUGACAAAGAUAAGCGAACAGCUUGAUGAGUGUCUAAAGUCUAGACUCCCUUCUAGAGUUGAACGGAUUUUGCCAGCUACACCUUUACAAGAGAGCAUGUUGAAGGAAAUGGUAAAAUCUAACUUCAAAAGUUAUUUGACUCUGCAGGUUUUUGAAUUAAGUGAAAGGACGCAAGAAAAAAAGUUAUUGAACGCCGUAGAUCGUGUUAUUGGAAACUCACCCAUUUUAAGGACAACUUUUCUUGAAGUUCAAGACCCACAGUCUCCUGUGAACUAUGCACAGAUUGUCCAUGAAGACUGGGUGAAAGUUUCCGAAACGAAUCCGGUCAUAGGGCAUGCACAUAAGGGUCCCGAAAGCCUUUUACAGGAGGUGAAAUCCAGAUUAACAGAAAACUGUGCGUCGAUAGAGGCCAAUUUGUUUGGAAUACUUCCCGUUCAUUUCGAAAACAGGAGGUUCAUAGUAAUGAAAAUCUCACAUGCUCUUUACGAUGGCGGAUCACUGCCGAUGAUACACGAUGAUAUCAGCAAAGCAUAUUGGGGCAAUGAAUUUACUGGGCGGCCUGACUAUAUGUGGUACCUGGCGGAGAUUCUCGAUUCUAUUACCGAUGAGGCAAAAGAUUUCUGGAAGGCCACACUUUGGGAUUCGCCACCGUCUGUUUUUCCAAAGCAGGAAGCACCGCCGAUGGACGAGAUUGCCAUUCACAGAUAUGAAAAGACGUCCAAAUUCUCAUUACAAAAAGUCAAAAACUUCUGUCGCUCUUCUAAUAUUACGUUACAGACACUAGGACAAACAUGCUGGGCUUUAGUUCUUGCAGAACUUAUGAGUCAGCUUGAUGUUGUAUUUGGGACUGUGCUUGCUUGUCGGGAUACGCCCGAAGCUAGUAAGGUAAACUUCCCGUUGUUCAAUACUGUGGCAGUGCGAGCGAUACUUCGUGGAACUCUCGGUCAAAUGCUUCGGGAUAUGCAAGAGAAGAGCGAUACAAGUCGUCAAUACCAACAUUUCCCCCUUGGUAAAGCUCAAGCAUAUGCACUCGGUUCUCGAGGCGAUUCAAACAAGGAUACCACGAUGUUCGACACACUGUUUACAUAUCAAGGUACUAGGCCCGAGGCAGAAAUCGAUCCGCUGUAUUCAUCCUUAGGUGGUUCUUCAGAUGUUCAGUUUGCAAUUUGUGUUGAGAUGGAGGUAGAAGACAAAUCAGAUAAACUUUACUGGACGACGGCUUGUAAAUCUGUUGCUAGAAACGUAGCACAGACACAAGAUAUUCUCGAAAAUUUAGAUACACUUCUAGGAAGAGUUAUGGAAAACAAACAAGAGCAGGUUAUUACGAUUCACUCUGACGGAAUCUCAAUAUGCGGAUCCCCAAGAUUUCAACCUCGAGACAUUUCAGGCCCUCAGAGAAUCCCAAAAGCACUUUCUAUCCGUGAUGAUUGGUCGCAAACGGAAUUGAAACUUCGAGAAGCAAUCUCCGUCAUCUCAGGUUUGCCGGAGGAGGAUAUCCUUAAAGAUUCAACGAUCUUUCAGUUGGGCCUGGACUCAAUUACGAUAAUCAAACUUCCAGCACUACUUAAGAAGUGCAACAUCUCCCUAACUGCUUCGGAAAUCAUGAGAUAUCUCACAAUCCAGGAUAUCACAAAAUACCUAUCCGGGAAACAUGAAGCGCAACCGGAUGGUCCUAUCGAUGCUGAUGCUAUUUUGGUUCAAUCUACACCAUGGAUUGAUCAACUCAAGCUUGAUCAUUUGCAAGCUACUUUGGGUGAGAUAGAAUACAUCAUGCCCGCAACAGCAGGACAAAAAUAUAUGAUCAGACAUUGGCAAAAUUCGCAAGGAUCUGUCUUCUAUGCUACUUUUAAAUUCAAGUUGUUAAAUGGCUUUAAUCGAAAUCGAAUCGAUUUUGCUUGGUUUAAAUUGCUAUGUCAACACGAUAUCCUACGUACUGGUUUCAUUGAGUCGUGCACAGAUUCAAGCAUCGCUCAGAUUGUUUACAAAAAUCCGUCAAAUAAGAUCAUUUAUGUAACAGAGUUAUCUAAGCUUGAAGAAUGUAUCGAAUACUGUGAUCUAGAAAACCUCGAAGAUCCACCACUCCGUCUUUUCGUCAUUGGGGAUGAUUCCAGGUCAAACACUUCAAAUCAAGAUGUCGAAAUGCACUUGGUUAUCCACCACGCUCUUUACGAUGGCAUAAGUAUCUCGUUGUUGAUUAAGGAUUUGGUAGCCUGGUAUGAAGACUCGGAAUUCAUGUCUAUUUCUUCAAUUGCUAAAGAUAGAUGGAAGACAUUUGUAGCGAUAGCAAUCCAGGAAAAAAGCAAACAGUCUAUGAGGGAUCAGUGGGUGGAGUAUCUUGGCUCUCCUCCUGAUAAUCAUCCAAAUCCAAAUUUUUACAAGGGAUAUGGAUCACCAGAGCCAGAAAUUGAAGAGCCAAGGCGAGUCGAGGUUUUUACACCUGGCUUACCAGCAAAACGCUUGAGGUCAAUCGCUCAAAAUGCGGGCGUCUCGAUUGAUCAUAUAUUGAUCGUGUUGGCAUCCAGACUUUUAAGAAUGAAACAAUUCGAGAAUCCUUUGCAUAUUCCUCCUUCUCGAAGCAGAAAAAGCAACAGAGAAGACCUAAUCGUAGGCCUGUAUCUGGCAAACCGCUUUCCGUUUUCGGAAAAUCUUUCUUCAAUGCUAGCUCCAACGCUCAACUUAUUACCGAUCAAAAUUACAGAGAAGAAGGCAAGCUUUGGUAUCAAUUUUGCUUUGCCAUACGAGGAGUUGGCUAGAAAUGUGCAGAGAGACUUGGGAAAUAUCGGCGUCGGGGGCAUGGCUAAUGUGAACCUGGACGAGAUAUAUGAGUGGACUGGAGUGAAGGUGGAUGGCUGGAUUAAUAUUGUUAGGGGGGUGGACGAUGGUGAGGAAAUGGAUAAGGGCAAAGGGGUGAGUGGAAAAGCGGGCGAGGAAUCGGAUUGGGAAAUGAUUGUGAAAUCGAAUGCGGAAACGCAGAAGGAGAAUAAAAAUCCCUGCGCGACAUUUUGUCUAGAGCCUUCUGUUCAAAGGGGCCGAAAGGAGGUGAAAGGAGGAGAACUUCUUCAAUUGGUUGUUGACAGGGAAGCGUAUGCGAGAGUGGUUCCACUGAAGAAGAGCAAGAAGAUGCCAGCUGUGGAGGAAUUCGGAGCGUACCCGGUAAGUUCUAAUAUUUCAAUUUUUCUUCUUCUUUUCGAGACCCUAUUUCUGUUCUUAUAAAAUUCCGAUUCCAUAUCCCGAUUUACCCCUCCGCCUUCCCCCUUACCUGUUACCCCUCUAUACCAUAUCAUCAUCCUCUUCUUCUCAUUCUUGCAAAGAAUAAACCAAACCAACUAACAACUUCCUUUUUCUUUCGUGAAUAGCCAUCAGUCGAUAUAGAAAUCCGCUAUAAUCCCGAGAAUGAAACGGUCGACAUCGGCAUCUUUGGACCGAGUGAUAAACUUGGUCUUGAAGAGGUUGCUUGCUGGAUUGAGCUUUUUGGGAAUCAGAUUUAGACUUGGGUUUGGAGGUUCGGCAGAGAAGAGGGAAAAUAAGGAAGGGGAAGCAGGGUUUUUAUAGUAUUGUUUCGCUGCGUUGGGUGGUUAUUUUAUAUCAUUUUUUUUUAGGUCCGCGUCAUCUCCUCUGCGCUUUGAGGGAUCGGUGGUUGUGAGAGGAAGAUUGGAAGGGAGAAAGGAAGGGAGUAUUGAUAUUGAUAUGAUUAUGAAGGUUCGAAAUUCUAGUUUAGCCUUACCUUAGAUUGCAAGGCACACUUUAUAUUUUACUCUGUACUCGUUU